GGCGCGCCGUGGCGGGGACUCGGCGCUGCGUCCGGGCAGCAGAACUCUCUUGAUAGAGCCCAGGCAGCCAAGAACAAAGGCAAUAAGUAUUUUAAAGCAGGAAAGUAUGAACAGGCCAUUCAGUGCUAUACAGAAGCUAUCGGUUUGUGCCCGACAGAGAAGAACGUUGACCUUUCCACAUUUUAUCAGAAUAGAGCUGCUGCCUUUGAACAGUUGCAAAAAUGGAAAGACGUGGCCCAAGAUUGUACAAAGGCUGUUGAACUUAAUCCCAAAUAUGUGAAAGCUCUCUUUAGGCGCGCAAAAGCCCACGAGAAGCUAGACAAUAAGAAGGAAUGUUUAGAAGAUGUCACUGCUGUGUGUAUCUUAGAAGGAUUCCAAAAUCAACAGAGCAUGCUAUUAGCUGAUAAAGUUCUUAAACUUCUUGGAAAAGAGAAAGCCAAAGAAAAAUACAAGAAUCGUGAACCUUUGAUGCCAUCACCACAGUUUAUCAAAUCUUACUUCAGUUCUUUCACUGAUGAUAUCAUUUCUCAGCCCAUGCUUAAAGGAGAGAAACCUGAUGAAGAUAAAGACAAGGAAGGAGAAGCUCUGGAAGUAAAGGAAAGUUCUGGAUAUUUAAAAGCAAAACAGUACAUGGAAGAAGAAAACUAUGAUAAAAUCAUAAGCGAAUGCUCAAAAGAAAUCGAUGCUCAAGGAAAGUACCUGGCGGAGGCGUUACUGCUCCGAGCCACCUUCUACUUACUCAUCGGCAACGCCACUGCCGCCAAGCCUGAUUUGGACAGGGUCAUCAGUGUGAAGGAGGCUGACGUGAAGCUUCGAGCAAAUGCGCUCAUCAAGCGAGGCAGCAUGUACAUGCAGCAGCAGCAGCCUCUGCUGUCCACGCAGGACUUCAACAUGGCUGCUGACAUCGACCCUCAGAACGCGGAUGUGUAUCACCACCGAGGCCAGCUGAAAAUACUGCUUGAUCAAGUUGAAGAAGCAGUGACAGAUUUUGAUGAAUGUAUUAGACUGCGGCCCGAGUCUGCCCUGGCACAAGCUCAGAAGUGCUUUGCCUUGUAUCGCCAGGCAUAUACGGGAAACAAUUCUUCACAAAUUCAAGCAGCAAUGAAAGGUUUUGAAGAGGUCAUAAAGAAAUUUCCAAGAUGCGCUGAAGGCUAUGCACUGUAUGCCCAGGCAUUAACAGAUCAACAACAAUUUGGUAAAGCUGAUGAAAUGUAUGAUAAAUGUAUUGAUUUAGAGCCAGAUAACGCCACAACAUAUGUUCAUAAAGGUUUGCUUCAGCUUCAGUGGAAGCAAGAUUUGGACAGAGGUUUGGAGCUUAUCAGCAAAGCUAUUGAAAUCGAUAAUAAAUGUGAUUUUGCAUAUGAAACCAUGGGAACUAUUGAAGUGCAAAGAGGAAAUAUGGAGAAAGCCAUUGACAUGUUCAACAAAGCCAUUAACCUGGCCAAGUCGGAGAUGGAGAUGGCCCACCUGUACUCCCUGUGCGACGCUGCCCAUGCCCAGACGGAAGUUGCAAAGAAAUACGGGUUGAAGCCGCCAACACUGUAAACGGGAGGACAGGAGACUGGCCGGCCCUCCUGUACAGGAAGUGCCCUCCCUCUUCUCCGGAACCCUGAGCCCCUCGCGCACGUGCUGAGCGCUGGCGUGGAGCGCCCCUUCACGGUGUAGUCAGUCUGCGUCUGUCCGUGUGCGAGUGUUGUGGGCGGGGCUGCCGAGGGAAGUUGGCGGCCUCGCGGCUUGUGUUCCCUGGGCAGCGAAAGCCGGACCCGUGAGAGGGACGUUAAAACACAGGUGCAGAAUUGGAAAGAUAAUGGGCCAUGCAAAUAAAAACUUUGAUUUAUUGAUUUGUUUUUGGUUUUUUGGUUUUAUUUAAUGGGGUGUGGGAUUGUUAUAUUCUGGAUGAUUUUGAUUUCACAUAUGUGUAUAAUAUAUGAGUAUUUUACACUAUAUUGGUUUUUAAAUUAACACAGUAAGUGCUGUAAAAUAGAUUUAUAUUCAGAUAUCCUUUUUAGUUAAUUUUCUUUUAAGGAUGCAAAGCUUAAAUGUGGAUUACGGUAAAAUUGAGAGACCCUUGAAAUCAUUGUUGCAUGGAAAAUGCUUCUGAGUGUGCAAAACCUUAGAAACUGGAAGUCCAUAGCAGUUUGUUUCCAUGUAGUAAAUUAUUCAGGAACAAAAUACUGUGGUUGAUAAAUAUUGGAAGACUUUUAAUGAGGAGAGAACCAGAAAAAGAGGUAAGAUGAAAGCAAAGUGUGUUCAUAAUACCCGUAGCAAGUUCAUGUAAUAAGUACUAGUGCUUAAUGUACAUUUCAGAAAGUAUGGAUUGUUUCUGUGUAUCAUCUAAGCAGAGCUGGAAUAAAUAUGGUACAUGAGACUGUGGAACUAUCUUAAAUUUCCUGGUGAAGAAAAAGGUGGCUAAAGGUGCAAAAAGAAUGUAAAUGUCAUACCCAGAGCAGAGUAUUUUUUUGAAAAUGACACGUUUAGUGCUUUAGGCUACCCGUGCUUAAAGAAUUUUGAGCCAGUAUUUUUAAAGAUGCCAAGUAGAUGUGAAGUGCUUUUUUUGUAUGGAGCCUUGACCUCUGAGGGCUAAUGGCUGGUGUCCAUGUCUUCACCACAGAUAGUGGCCGCGGAUUUUUUGUUUCAGGGGGUUGUCCUGCUCGUGAUUUAGGGAACCACUUCGCAGAGCAUUUCUAGUUACUACUUUUAUAGACCAUCCCUUUGCUCAUAUGCUGGAUUUUUCUGGUGAGGAAAUGGCUGUUUUCAUAAAGGAUCUCUUAUUUUGAGAUACCUAGGACAGAGAGAGAUUUAUUUUAAAUCUGAAUAAAAGAGCAAGCCUUCUGUUACACUGACCAAGAAAUUAAGUCUAAUUGUACGUCACGUUGAAAAUAAAGGAACAUUUUACCCUCUUCAAAAGGGUGAUUUAUCUUGUUAAAAAUAAAAAGAUUUUGUUUACAGAUGCUUUCAUUUUAGGAAUUAUUAGAAAUUGUUCCCCUUCCAAAAUCAGGCUUUGAAAAGAUUGAGUAGACCUUGACUGUAGCCAAAAAGCUGAGAAGCGAUCUGGCUGAUUUUAGUGGGGGCAGACAACAUCACGUAAGGUAACCGCGACGGUGGACUGGGAGGACGGUGGGACGGGAGGACGGUGGAAUGGGAGGACGGUGGAAUGGGAGAGCUCUGUAUUUUGUUUCUAAAUUACAAUAAUCCUCGAGUACAGAAAUGUUCUAUGUCUCUGAGCUGGCUUUUACGAAAAGUUUUUAUUUGCAUGGCUGUAAUUACAUGAAUACUGACGUGUUCUACUCUUCGUCCUUUUAUCCCCUUGGGGUUGGGUAGAGAGAAAACAAACUGAAGCAUGUGCCAUUCUUUACAGACAUUCCAGAUUCUCACAGACCUUUGCCUGUUGUGAAAAUAUGUGAAACUGCACUGGAAGCUGCAUCUGUCUGUAUCUUUUCUUUUGUAAAUGACCUCACCUGUAAAUUCACCAAAUAAAUAUUACCUUCAA